AACUGUGUUUUGUAAUCACUGAAUUAUCAGCAUCUUCCGAGAGACGAACCUGUCGCGAUUCGCGAUAACCGGUAGACCUUUCAGUUUCACUACCGAACUUUUUUCCCUUUCUAUUACUCCCGCGUUUAUUGUCGGGAUUCGAGGUAUAUUUUCAUAUUUUGAAAGUAUGAUGCAAGCCAGCUUUUGGAAUCUAGUGACCACAUCGAUCAGGCCAACAUGCAUAAAGCGUGUUCUACCAGGUCUGACGGCCACCCAACAACGCAGGUAUGCUAGUACAUUGGAUGCGGAUGUAGUGGUAAUUGGGGCUGGUCCCGGUGGAUAUGUAGCAGCGAUUAAAGCUGCACAAUUAGGCAUGAAGACCGUGUGCGUGGAGAAGGGUCCAACUCUGGGAGGCACGUGUCUUAAUGUUGGAUGCAUUCCAUCAAAGUCACUUUUAAACAAUUCACAUUAUUAUCACAUGGCACAUAGUGGGGAUUUAGCAAACCGUGGAGUUGUUGUAUCAAAUGUUCAAUUGGACCUCAACAAACUUAUGGAACAGAAAACAAAUGUAGUCAAAGCUUUAACCAGUGGUAUAGCGGGUUUGUUUAAAAAGAACAAAAUCGAGUGGGUUAAAGGUCAUGGAAAAAUUACAGGCAAGAACCAGGUCACUGCCUUAAAACCUGAUGGAUCGGUGGAAUCGACUAUCAACACAAAGAAUAUUCUGAUAGCGACUGGAAGUGAAGUUACACCUUUCGCCGGCAUUGAAAUCGACGAGAAACAGGUCGUGUCCUCGACGGGUGCACUCUCGCUCAGUGAAGUUCCCAAGAGGCUUAUUGUUAUCGGAGCUGGUGUCAUUGGAUUGGAAUUAGGCUCAGUUUGGCAGAGACUGGGUUCCGAUGUAACAGCCGUUGAAUUCAUGCCAACGAUCGGUGGUAUGGGUAUCGACGGGGAAGUUAGUAAAACCAUGCAGAAGGUACUUGCGAAACAAGGACUGAAGUUUAAACUGGGAACGAAAGUCACAGCUGCUAACAAGCGUGGCAAUGAGAUCUUGGUUUCCGUCGAGGAUGCGAAAGACUCCAGCAAAAAGGAGGACUUGGCAUGCGACGUGUUGCUAGUGUGCGUUGGCAGAAGGCCGUAUACACAAAAUUUAGGUUUGGAGGAUAUGGGUAUCGAGAGGGACGAGAAAGGAAGGAUACCCGUAAAUAACCGAUUCCAGACGGUAGUGCCUAGUAUUUAUGCUAUUGGUGACUGUAUUCACGGACCAAUGUUGGCUCACAAAGCUGAGGACGAAGGUAUAAUUACAGUGGAGGGUAUUACCGGAGGUGCGGUUCACAUCGACUAUAACUGCGUACCGAGCGUUAUAUACACACAUCCGGAAGUGGGUUGGGUCGGCAAGACGGAAGAAGAUCUAAAGAAGGAAGGCAUUGAUUAUAAGGUCGGUAAAUUCCCGUUCAUGGCAAAUUCCCGAGCGAAAACAAAUCUCGAAACGGACGGCUUCGCCAAGGUACUCGCCGAUAGCAAUACAGACAAGAUCCUGGGCGUACACAUGAUCGGACCGGCCGCGGGAGAGCUUAUCAACGAAGCGGUUCUUGCGAUGGAGUAUGGCGCCAGUGCGGAAGACGUUGCCCGCGUAUGCCAUGCACAUCCGACGUGCGCUGAGGCGCUCAGAGAAGCUCAUCUGGCAGCCUAUUUCGGCAAACCCAUCAACUUUUAAGAUCUUAUAGAAAAUAAGUGAAUUGCACUUAUUAGUUCAUAUCGUGAAUGCGUUCAGCAUUAAAUGUGCCUGUCUCCAAACUUUACUGAUAAUGAAAUAACUUGAUCAUCUUUCAUGGACAGACAUGUUUAAGCUCAACAUGAUGUAUGAUUUACGCGGCUCUUUUGACUUCACAUCGUAGCCUGGAUCUAGUCUACGUAUCAACGUCGUACAUCGCGUCGUAUAAGGGAUUACAAUUGUAAAUAAAAGCUGGAAGCCAUUAUGCGGAGGUGUAGCUUUAUCUCUGCCAUGUGAUUAUUACGAAUAAAU